UCUAACAAGCGAAGGUUUCAAAUAUCAACAGCAUUGCAGGAAAAGGAACUUUUACCUUCCAACCUGCUUCACCACAAAAUGGUGAACAAUUCUGGCUCAAUUGCUACAGAUCCUCUUGGUCGUUCGCGCGCUGAAAUUGGUUUUGAGGUGAGCCUGGCCAUUCUCUUUUGCCUUGCCUGUCUACCUGGAAAUCUGCUGGUUAUUUAUGUGAUUAAUAAAGACUCCAGGCUCAAGAGUAUCACCACCAUUUUCAUCCACAAUCUGGCACUAACUGACAUAUCCAUGGCAACGCUUCACAUGCCAUUUUGGAUCGUGAGCCUCUAUACUGGUUCCUGGAAUUUCAGCCAACAGUGGUGCGAGAUAUCUGCAUUAACACAAUUUACAAUGGGUAUCGCAUCUAUUCUGAAUAUGGGCGUAAUUGCACUGAAUCGUUAUAUAAGAGUUUUAAAACCAGCCCUUUAUAGGAGACUAUUUCCCAGCAAGAGAAAUGCUUGGUUUUUUUGCGCUCUCGUUUGGUUGGUUGCUUUUUUUUUUAGCACAGCUCCUUUGUACGGAUGGGGAAAGUUUGACUAUCACAAGAAAUUCUCUAUACGCUCUUUAAUUUGGAAAGAACAUAUUUCGUAUGUUAUAGUGGUCGUCGGGGGGGUUAUAAACGGUUGUACAAUCGCAAUAUUUUAUUGUUAUUAUAAAAUCUACCAAACAGUGAAACAAAGCUCGCUAAAUAUAAACGCCCACAGUGAAGGAAAUCAGGGUGUUAAUGCGUCAAAUGCUGGCCGUACUGACAUAAAAUUGUGGAAGACCAGUUUCACUGUGGUUUGUUUUUUUCUGAUGACUUGGGGUCCAGUUUGUAUUGUGGUUCUUUUUGAGACAGCUGGGUUUGAUAUCCCGAGGGAAAUCUCCGCCACAGUAAUUUUCUUGAUGUUCUCGAGUAGUUAUGUAAAUCCAAUUAUCUAUGGGAUAAUGAAUCCACAGUUCCAACUGGCCUUCAAAAGAGCACUGAGUUGUGGUCGCUAUGGCAAUAAUAAUGUAAGCCAGAACUGUAAAGGUACUGAACCAGACAAACGUUGAAGGCUGACGGUGUCCGCGGAACAUUCUAUGCGAAGUAUAACAUUGACGACCGAGCGAAGCGUUUCAGAGCUACUUAUGUUAUAAUGUUUGGCAGUAUCUUGAGUAGUAGGUAUCUGAUUCUGGUGUUGUGGUAGCGUUCUACACACUCAAUUUGAAGAGACGACGGGAAAAGCAGAGCGCCCG